CAGAAGAAGACGGAGCGAAGCGGCGGCGUAAACAUGGCCGACAGUGGAGUGACAGAUGGAACCGACAAAAAAGAGGAUAUUGAACGUGCAAAGACUGAAGGCAAAGAGCUGACCAAAGAAGAGAAGCAACGGCUGAGGAAAGAGAAGAAACAGCAGAAGAAAAACAAGGAGAAGAAAGAGGACAAAGCUCCAAAGGAUGGAGAGAAGGAAAAGAAGCCGGUCUGUUCAGCUGCUCCAGCAUCUCAGCUUUCAACACAGCCUGCAACACAGAAAGCUCCUCCAGCAGUGCCUGCUCCUGCACCAGUUUCCGUGCCUGCCCCUGAGGCUGCAGCAGCCCCUGCUGACAAGCCUGCAAAGAGUAAAGCAGAGCUUAAAGCCGAGAGGAGAGCCCGACAAGAGGCCGACAGGGCUACGAAGCAGGGCAAGAAGGGCGACGCGGGACAGCAAGCUCCCACAAGCAAACCUAAAGCGCCGCCCAGUGAACUGCAGCCAGUGGUGAAGAGGCUCCCAGAGCACGUUCAAGUGGACAACCCAGAUGUUUUGAAGAAAUUGGCCAAGAAAUUGGAAAGACAACAGAUCCCGCUCCGCUCAGACUAUGGCUACAAAGUCAGCCUGUUUUCUCACCUCCACCAGUAUAGUCGCAAAGCUCCUCUAACUCAGCAACUCAGCAUUCCUUCUACGGUGAUUCAUCCUGCUAUCGUUCGACUGGGUCUCCAGUAUUCGCAGGGCAUUGUAGCGGGUUCCAAUGCUCGCUCUGUAGCCUUGCUGCAUGCCUUCAAACAGGUAAUAAGGGACUACACUACACCUCCAAAUGAAGAGCUAUCGAGAGACUUGGUCAACAAGUUGAAACCUUAUAUCAGUUUUUUAAAUCAAUGUCGCCCUCUGUCAGCGAGCAUGGGUAAUGCAAUCAAGUACAUCAAGAAGGAAAUCUCCAAUAUUCCAAGUCAGUGCAAAGAAGAAGAGGCAAAGAGCAAGCUGCUGAAGUGUAUCGAGUGCUACAUUGAUGAGAAAAUCAUUCUCGCCGCUAAAGCUAUUGCCAAGUCCUCCAUAGAGAAGAUCAGCGAUGGAGACGUCAUUCUAGUUUACGGAUGCUCGUCGUUGGUCAACCACAUUCUGUGCGAGGCCUUUGAAAAAAGCAGGAAGUUCCGUGUGAUCGUGGUGGACAGCAGACCUCGGCUGGAGGGCAGAGAGGCCCUGAGGCGUCUGGUCCAGAGAGGCAUCAGCUGCACUUACGUUCUCAUCUCAGCUGUCUCUUACGUCCUUCCAGAGGUUUCAAAGGUGUUCCUCGGUGCUCAUGCCCUGCUGGCCAAUGGCUACGUCAUGUCUCGAGUGGGCACUUCGCAGAUCGCUCUGGUGGCUAAAGCCUUUAACGUGCCUGUACUGGUGUGUUGCGAGACCUACAAGUUCUGCGAUCGGGUGCAAACGGAUUCCUUCGUCUCCAAUGAACUUGAUGACCCCGACGACCUUAUCGUGACCCGUAAAGGGAAGACGCAGCUGGAGGACUGGCAGCAAGUGCCGUCUCUGGGCCUGCUCAACCUGGUGUACGACGUGACGCCGCCCGACUUCGUGGACCUAGUCAUCACAGACCUGGGCAUGAUCCCGUGCACGUCGGUUCCCGUGGUGCUGCGAGUCAAAAACGUGGACCAGUAAAAUGACCUCGACCCGUGUCAACAGGCUGCUUCUCUCUUCGUGCGCAUGAACACUUUGCACACGACAAAAAAUAUCGUGCUUUUAGCAUGCAAUAAAUAUAUAUCCAAAAUGAC